CACGCAGGCGAUUGUCAGGUUUUAAUCGCUGAGAAACAAGCGCCUGAUUGGUGGCUUAAGAUUUCAGCCAAUCAGGACGCGUCAACUAAUUUCCUAGCGUGGCGGAGACACAAACUUGCGUCGUUGACUGACAUUGGUAAUAUUUCACCCCUUUUAGCAAUGGGAACAAGAGUAUACCUUGGAAGGCUUCCUUAUCAUGUACGUGAAAAGGAUGUGGAAAGAUUUUUCAAGGGUUAUGGCAAACUGAGGGACAUUAUGUUGAAAAAUGGAUAUGGAUUUGUGGAAUUUGAUGACUACAGAGAUGCUGAUGAUGCUGUGUAUGAAUUAAAUGGGAAAGAUAUGUGCGGAGAAAGAGUUAGUGUUGAGCAUGCAAGAGGAACUCCGAGAGGCUCAGACAGAUAUUAUGACAGUAGCUAUGACAGAUAUCCACCUCGUCGUGGAGGUGGGGGAGGUGGUAGAAGAAGUAGUGCAAGAGAUAAGUAUGGUCCACCAACUCGUACAGAUAACAGAUUAAUUGUUGAGAAUUUAUCGUCGAGGGUCAGCUGGCAGGAUCUGAAGGACUAUAUGAGACAGGCAGGUGAGGUGACAUAUGCUGAUGCACAUAGGGACAGAAAAAAUGAAGGAGUUGUUGAGUUCCAGUCAUACAGUGACAUGAAGAGGGCUAUUGAUAAACUUGAUGGCUCAGAGAUCAAUGGCAGAAAAAUCAAACUGAUAGAAGACAGACCAAAAAAACGCAGGAGGUCAACAAGGUCACGAUCAGAUAGUAGAAGUCGCAGCAGGUCACGAUCUAGACGCAGGAGAAGUAGAUCAAGGUCACGAUCCAAGUCCCAGUCCAGAUCCAAGUCAAGAUCAGUCAGCAAAAGCAGGAGUAAGAGCAGAUCGAAGAGCAGAUCAAAAAGCAAAUCCAAGUCGAGGUCUAGGUCAAGGUCCAAAAGUGCAGAUAGAGAACCAGCCAAAUCUAGAUCGAGGUCAAGGUCAAAAUCACCAGCACAAGAAGAUGAUAAGAACGAUGAAUGAACACUUAAAGGGCUUGAAACCAAGUCAGGGAUUGUAGAUAUUUUAAACAGUGCAUGUUCAAUGCAACCAGUGAAAUUCUGUUACCAUCACAUUUCACUGUUAAUACAUCACAAAUGUUUUCAGCAUUUUGUCCACAUUUAAGUCGCAUGCAGAGAGUAAUAAAUUGUUGUGAGAUUGUUCAGAAGGAACGUUUUUACAGGUUUUCUGAAUGUAUUUGCCUUCAAGCUGUUAAUUAGAAGUUGAGUCUGCUUCGUUAUUCAUUGAUGUAUAUAAAGUGCUGCUGUUAUUCCACAUUAAAUACCUUGGUGAUAACCCCUUUCUAAUGUUGGGGCAAUUUGAAUUUUAGGGCAUUUGUACUGUUCACCAAUAAAUAUUUGUUAGUAAAGUCGAAGUAUUCAAUCUACACCACUAAGUAAGAUAAGGUAGCUCCUUAAAUCUGUUAUAAGCGAUUUAUGCAUGUUUACAAUGCAGAUCUAGAAAAAUAUUUCUGCUAUUGCUAUAAAGCAGGUAAUUUCAAGUGGUGCAUAACUAUUUAAAAAAAAUAAAGAAUGUUGUUGUAAUUAAGCAAAAUUGUAUGCAGUUGUGCAAAGUAAUUUUGCAAGCUGUAACAAGUCUAAAGGUAAUGGAAAAUGAUGAAUGCACUGUAGAAAUGAUACAAAGAUGUGAUAUUAAAAUUAUAUUUUGAGUCAGAAGCGAGUCUUUUGAUUUUGUUGAUAUUUUAUUUUUAUUGUAAAUAUUGAUAGUAUUCCAGUUCAGAACUUGCAUAAAUAUAUAAAAUAUUAAAAAUUUAGAUCGAGUUUAUUGUCCUGACAAGUGACACAAAUUGCAUAGCAUUUUUAUGCAGAUGUUCACUGGGUCUAGUAUGAUAAGUAUAAACGUGUGUAAGCUUCCAAAUCUGAUGACUUUGAAGAGAAAUUCUGAUCAAGGAAACCACAAACUGAAAAUCUUGGUAGGAAGUUGCACGAGCUUGCUGCUGAUGAGCAGUUAGAAUUGAAAUACUACCAAUAUUUUACUUCUGUACAUGUGAAUUCAUAACAUUUGUAUAAAAAUUUCAUUUAUUGUAUAUUUUUGUAAAUAUGAAAAAGGAAAAUGUGCAUUUGUCGGGCAUACAGGACAUGGAUUAUAUGAAUAAAAGAUAAAUAAAAGAAA